ACAAAGCUAAAAAAGGACAAGAAACUGUGUCCUUUUCCGAUAGUCCAAGACAGAAGAUAUAUGUCUGCUUUUAUUUUCCACUCCAUCUCAAACUAAAAGAAAUUUUCCAUUUCACCAAAGACAUACAAAUGUCCUACUAAAUGCAAAAACCAAAAAGGAAAAUCCAAAAGAUUCCUACUAGCAAAAUAAAUGAAUAAAGAGAUUCAAAACUCCCAUUAAUCCGUGUCCAUAUUUCCUUUUGUGAAAAGAGUUAUGCAAAAUUCUGAAAACAUGGUGGCAGGUGUCUUUGGGAUUUUGCAUAGCUCACAGUUUCCUUGUUAUCAGUUCCUCUUUGACUACAUCAAAAAACAACAGCUUGUUUACCUGACUGCACAUUUAUCUUCAUCAUCACUUGCUCAGUACACAACCGAGCAAGCAAGCCGGCAGCAUGGCACAACUCAACUCCACCAAUGUUACCUAUAACAUCUCCUCCUGUCCUGGAUAUUCACCUAGUUUCUUCUUGGAACCCAGGAGUCUACUUCCUGUGGUGGUGAUGUCCAUCUGCUUCCUGCUGGGAUUCGCUGGAAACAUCGCUGUCAUCAUUCUCAAGCCAAACUGGGAGAACAUGUCCAGUCUGACCCAGAGUUUGAUGCUGAACCUGGCUUUGUCAGACCUACUGUGCUUGGCUACCCUCCCAAUAUGGAUUUACUAUUUUGUCUGUAGCUGGACCUUAAGCCUGGCAGGCUGCAAGCUCAUAUCAUACCUCAUGUACUGCAGCGUUUAUGGCAGCCUGCUGACUGUGACUGUGAUGAGUAUCCAGCGUUACCUUCAGGUCGUUCACCUGCAGAGGAGUUUACCUCAGGUAGGAACAAGUAAGCUGCUGGUUCCGCUCUGGGUGUCUGCAAUGAUCCUGUCCAUUCCUGCUUUAGUGGUUCGACAGCUGGUAGAACAACAACAUUGGAUUUAUUGCAAACAUCAAUACUUUUCAGAGGGCCAGUCACUGGCUGUGUUGUUGACAGAGAUACUGGUUGGUUUUGUUUUAUUUUCUAUCAUAGUUUUUUCAUACAUCAGUCUCUACAGACAAGUGAAUCGGACAGCUUUCUUCAACAAUCAACAGACCACGAGGCUGAUUACCAGCAUCAUUGUGACCUUUUUUGGCCUAUGGAUGCCAUAUUUAGCCAUAAAUGUGCUGGCAGUGGCAGCUAUUUCCCUAAAAAAUGAGAGCCUGCUGAAGUUUUGUGAAGACACCUGGAAUGCUGUUGGAGCACUAACAUUUCUAAGUAGUACUAUGAAUCCACUCCUGUACACAUUUACUUCUAUUCAUUUGUCCACUCUGGGCCAAAGAAUUGGUGACCAGUUAAGAAGGACGUUCAGAAAUCGGUCUCGGUCAAGAAAUGUCACUGCAGGAGCAGUACCUCAUUGAUAUUACGACACCCUGUCUGUCUGUUACAGACAGGGUGUGGUAAUCUCUAUUUGUCACAGCAAGCUGUUGCGAUUGGUCAGAUAAUGGACUUACUCGUUGAGCUGGUUCUCAACCAGAGAAUUCAAACAGCAUUCGAAAAAAUCAAGGUACCUAUUAAAUGACAUCUGAUUACAUAGAAUUUUUCCUUAACUCAUAUCACCUCCUAUGAAGGCUAGAAGCCCAUUAACUGACUCUUAUCGACUGUCAUAACUCUUAUGAUCAUACUUCAGAUUGGGCUUUAGAUUAGUUGUUAGCCAGAGGACCUAUGUAGCAUGUCUGCAGCUACAUGAAUUCCCCAACACAGGCUCUGUGGACACAGCUUGUCCUUGGUUCAAUGCACAUUUCUUUAUUUACACUACUUUUUGCACUUUCCACUGCUGGCACAGCAACAUCUGGUUAACUGUGCUGUCAGCAUCGUCCCCUCUCUCUGCAUAACUCCAUCUUAGUGUCCUAUUGUGUAAAUAGCAAGAGACUGGAUUAGCUGAUGGCUGCCAGUUGUACCAACCGGCCUCCCCUGGCAAUGCCCCCUGAACCCGCUGUACCACCCCUCCCCUGCAGAUGAGACGCAAACUACAUCCAGCUACCCCAAAGAAGCCUGCUGAGACAACUAAGCAACUAAGGGCCGCUACUACUAUUGGUGUGUGGAUUGAUACUGAAAUAUCAAUUCUAAUACCAGAGAUUUAUGAAAUAAUCUAGAUCCACUCUAGAAAUCCCCAUAGUAAAUUGGGGCAAAUUUGUAGUUUAUGAUUAACAGGAACACAGUGGAAAGUAUCUAUAUUAUCUGCAUCUAUAUUAUCUGCAUUGUCUAAAUGAUUGGUAGGAACUACUUCUUCUUCCGCCUGUCAUAAUGAUAUCCUAAUUUUGACUGUAUAAAUGCAUCACUGCUCAUGUGUGCUCACUCAAAAUGUGGAGCUGCUGGCAAUAUGUAGCACUGUUGUUGAAUUUUGGAAAUUGACUUGCGUCUAGGUUUAGGUUUUUGUGUCUGUGUUUAAAUGAUGGGAAUUUCCCGCAUCCUUAAAACCACAGAUUUCCUUUUUUUUUUUUUUUUUUAAAUUGUAGAGCAUUAAAAGUGGAUUUUAUAUAGUCUAGGUAUCUUUAAAAUAUACAGGACACUCUCAGUAAAACAACUGCUGUAGGCUUGAAAUAUCCCAAAAUACAACGCAAAAUAUUUUGUAGAUAAGAUAGCUUUAAAAUAACAUGGAUCUAUAAAAUCUAAAAAAAUGUUU